AUGGACGACAAGUUUGUCAGGACAAACCUAGUUCCUCAUUCACUCAGGAAACGGGCCAUUGAACUUUGCGAGAGUGCGAAUCUGCCUAGAUUGGUAGCCUCAGUGAAGAAAGCAAAAACACUCAGUCUCCAGGUCUUCUUCUCCAUUAAAACUCACAAGGAAAGCUCACCGUUCCGUGCCAUCGUGUCAGAGCGGCAUACCUGGCAGCAGCCGGUAGGACGUUUCAUCCAGAAGGCGCUUUCAGCCUUGGAGAUUGAGGAUCCCUUCCUUGUGUUCCGCCCGAGCGACGACCUGUAUUAUUCCCUGCCACAAGACGAGCUCAUCGAAGUUGUUAGUGAAGGAAUCGACCGUUACGGAACCGUUCAGUUUCAAAAUGAAGUUGGAGUUGAUGUCUCCACCUUCCUAGCAGUCCUCAGACUGUACCUUCAAUCAACUACGGUCGAGUUUUUGGGAGGAGUGUACUUGCAAAGAGCCGGAGUUUGCAUUGGUUCAUGUGUUGCCCCCGUGCUCAGCAACUUGCUGCUGGCGAGAUACGACAGGCGGCUUGAACGUGCCCUCCGCGAUAUGGGAGUCCGCAGGGUUUUCCGGUUCGUUGACGACUACUUGAUCAUCUUUGACACUGAGAACGUGGCCGUGGACGAGCGCACAGAACACAUAACUCGCAUCUUCCAGCGCACCCUCUCACCUUUCACACUCACGAGGGAGUUACCAGUGGAACAUCGACUCAGGUUCCUAGACCUUGAACUGGCCAUCGAGCCUGACCACCUGUGCUGGAUAUACGCCCCACGCUCUAAGAAGGGCCUUUUGCCGUUUUCGUCGGCCCACUCCAAGCUGGUGAAACGCAGUAUUGCACUAUCGGCAAUGGAAAAUGCCGUGAAACGCUCAUGCCCACAUCAAGUUCAGCGGAGCCUCUUGUCACAAGUUUUGAGGCUUAAAACCGCGGGCUUUCCAGUUCAGCUGAUAAGAGGCUUAGCUGAGGUUCUCCUCAGGAAGUUGCACAAGAAACACGAAGAGGCUCCCAGGCAUGAUCGCUCGUCCAGGAUAGCGGCCAUUCCAUAUAUCCACGCAGUUUCACACAACAUAAAGAAAGUUGCCCAGCGUGCCGGCGUUAGCCUUGUAUUCACUGCACCUAACAAGUUAGGCGGGCUGUGUCGACGCGUCAACAGUGAAGCCGCUGGUUCCGGAUGCAACAAAAAGCAUGUAAGGCAUUUCGUCCAGUGCAAGUGUAAUGUUAUUUAUGACAUUCCUCUGACGUGCGGGAAGUCAUAUGUGGGACAGACAGGACGGUGUCUGAGUUACAGGCUGCGCGAACACUCAUCCUCCCUGCAGACUCACACAGGCAGCAACCUGGCCACGCACUGUCGCGAUUGCGCAUGCCGACCUCGUUUGGAAGACACACGUGUACUUAGGAGCUACUCCGACAGGCUCGCCAGGGAAAUUUACGAAGGAGCACAAAUUCAUAAUAGAGGUGAAAAAUGUGUCAGCAAGCCAUCAGUGGACCUAUUGAACAAAGAGACUAGUUAUCUUCUGGAGUGUUCCUGA